AUGGGCAUUCCGAUGUCUAAAUUCAGCGAGAGCAACAUGCAGUUCCACAGUGUCAUCCCCGGAAAGAAGGCAAAGUCGCUCGGACAGAUUGCUCUUGAUGUGGUUUUCGGUGAUUCCAAGAAUUACCGCAAGGAGAAGUUGACGUUUGAGGUGGUGGAUUUCCACAGUGCCUACCAUGCUAUUCUGGGCAGGCUCGCAUAUGCUGGUUUCAUGGCUCGACCAUGUUACAUAUAUCUCAAGUUGAAGAUUCCUGGGCCCAGAGGCGUGAUCACAGUCACGAGGAGUCGGCAAAGAGCAGAAGAGUGCCUCCAGAAAGGCUCAAAGAUUGCCGACGAGCAGAUGACAGCAGUAGAGAUAGAAGAAUACAAGAAGAAUGCAGAUCUGAGUGAUUUGUUGCGUGCUAAGAAGCCUGCUUCGGAGUCCGCAUUUCAGUCGGCCGGAGAGACAAAGCCUAUCCAUAUUCACCUGGAAGACCCCAAUGCUGCUCUGACCCACAUCUCAACAACACUCGAUAGCAAAUAG